GAGCGGCGAAUGGCGAUGACUUUACGUUUAUUUGCUCAAAGUGUGCACGAAAACUUUCGUUUUCUUUAAUGUUAAUCUAUACAAUACUGUUACACAAAAACCAAAGGGCAGAGAAACAGAGAGAGUGAGUCAACCUGACCCAUAUAGAGUCGUCGUCUUCGUUGCGUGUACGUAAUGGAUCUUGAUUGGCAAGCCAUCGCCUUGAAUUCCAAGUAAAUGUUGAAUAAUGUGUCUGCACAGAUAUUGGUUUUAGUCUUUGUUACCUUAUCCCGGCGGCGUGAUAAGGAACACACACUGACUAAGCUACAUACCCAUGGAUCAAGAAUCCGGCGACAAGAUGGAAGAAGCUGAUCGGAAACUGACUUCUCCGGCGGGUGGUCAAACGGUGGCAGAAACAGUAAUCGUGAUAGAACCGGAUAAUGAAAACGAUGAGAGUUGUGUGGCGGCGAAAGCGAAGGGCCGCCUGAAAGAAGACGGGUUUUCGUGUUGUAUUGAUGUACAGACGGAGGGGCAAAGGGUGUGCAGAAUAUGCCACUUGAACGCAAAAGAAGAUGAGGCCAAAACUAAGGAUUUGAUUGAGCUUGGUUGCGGCUGUAAAGGGGAGCUCGGAUUCUCCCAUUUGCGAUGUGCAGAGGCAUGGUUUAAGCUCAAAGGAAACAGAUUCUGCGAAAUAUGUGGGGAAACUGCAAGAAAUGUUACAGGCGCAGGGAGCAGAAGUUUCAUGGAAGAGUGGAGUGAUGGAAGACCCUCCUCCGGCCACAGUGGCAGCUCCGGCGAAAGUGGUAGCAGAUGUUGCCUGGAACGGCAGCCGCUCUGUAAUUUCUUGAUGGGAUGCCUGGUUAUAGCAUUUGUUCUUCCAUGGUUCUUUCGUGUAAACUUGUAAAAACACAUUAAAUUAUUUGUUCCCAAUGUCACAUCAUCUGUUAUAAAACCAAAGUUCCUUGUGUUAAUGAGAAGUGGACGUAAUCACAUGGGAUUUGCUUGGAAUUAUAUUAGAGAUAUAAUUCAACAAGAGAAAUUUGUAAGUA